ACGACAGGCAGGUGCUGCCAUGCACCGUUCAGGUGUGACAGGCCCUUUGCUGGGAGCUGUGCCAGGGACCAGCGGCUUUGUUGUUCUUGGAGCAUCAGUGGUGUCAACUAUGGGGCAACGGCAGAGGAAGGGCUUGGUGGCGUCUGCUCCAGGACUGAAGGCAAGAUGUGGGUUGCAGAGGGAUCAGCCCCAACCCAGUGGAGCCUGCGGGAUGGGGCCCACGCUGGACAGUUCCUGGCUAUGGCUGACAACCUCCGCACCGUGGGACAGCUGGUGGAUGUGGCCGUGGGACCAGAGGGUGACAAGGCUCAUGCUGUGGUCCUGGCCUCCAUCAGCUCCUUCUUCCUCCGCUUCCUGGAGGGCAGGACCAGAGGGCUUUGCCAGGACUCCCCACCCCAUGUCCCUCUGCCACCCGGGGCCACGCUGCAGGGCUGGCGGGCCGUGCUGGCCUUUGCCUAUCGGGGAGCUGUGCCCCGUGGCCAGGAGAGGGAGGUGCAGGAGGCUGCCCGGGCCCUGGGGGCCCCCCGGCUGGUGGCCGCCUGUGCCCAGCGACUGAAGAUUGACCCCAAGGAGGAAGGACCUGAGGCCCUGAAGGAGCAGUGGGAGACACUAAGAGCCAUGGAGCAGCUCCAUGCCAAGGGCCUGGGCUGUGACCUCCAGCUCCAGGCAGGGGACGAGGUCAUUCCAGUUCAGCGCCUGGCCCUGAGCUGCUCCUGUGACUUCUUCCGAGCCCUCUUCACCUGCCCAAUGCGGGAGGCCACCCAUGACCCUGCUGCCCCACUGGUCACAGGGCUGUCCCCGGCCGAGCUGCGCCUCCUCCUCUCCUUUGCCUACACAGGAGCUGUAGCAGGGCCAUGGCCCACGGUCCUGGAGGCAGCUGAGACCUCCCUGCGCUACCAGGCCUGGGGGCUCCUCACUCUCUGCCUGGAUGUUUUCACCCAUGGCCUGACUCCAGAAACUGUCCCGGACGUCCUGGCCUUUGCUGUGACUUAUGGACUGGACGAGGUGGGCCAAGCAGCAGAGAACUACAUCUUGGCCACCUUCCCCAGUGUGGUGGCUACACCGGCCUUCCUGGACCUACCUGCACACCUUCUCAUUCGCCUCCUCCGCUCUGAUGGUCUCAACGUCCUCCAUGAACUGGAAGCCUUGGAAGCGGCCUCCCGGUGGCUCAUGGCCAAUGGGGAUGGCCAGGAGGAUCUAGCCAAGGAGGUCCUGUCGUCUGUUCGCUUCGCCCUCAUGUCUGGCCUGGAGCUGAAGAAGGUCCCCUCUGUGACUGCAGGGGUGGCUGACCCCAAGGUCCUCCGCGAGCUCGUGGUGUCGAGUUUCUCCCCCACGGCUCAGCUGCCGUGCCGGGUACGUUCCUUGCAAGAGGUGCUGGUGGUUUGUGGUGGAGACAAAGUGAAGGGCAACCUGGCUGCCCGGAAGCCCAGCAGACACCUCUGGUUUGCAGAUCGCUACCUCAGCGCUGUGGGGCUGGUGAAGAAGGUUGAGUGGCGGGCACUGGGACACCUUCCUGACGGCCCACGAUUCCGCCACGCUGUAACCGUGGUGGGCAACAAUCUCUACGUCCUGGGUGGAAAGCACUACUACGGGGUCCAUGACACCCUGACCAGUGUCUACAGGUACCAGCCUAUGGAUGAUUCCUGGGAGCGUCUGGCCAGCAUGACGUGUGAGCGGAGCUGCUUUGCUGCCGUGGCACUUGGGAAUUUCAUCUAUGCCCUGGGGGGCAGCUCAGGAGAGCUCUUCUGCACAGACACUGUGGAGAGCUAUGACCUGGCCAAGGACACCUGGAGCCACAGCUCUGCAGUGUUCUUGUCCCAGCCCAACCCAGACAAACCAUGUGGCCAAAGAGGCUCCCUGAGUAUGCUCUUACCUGACCUCAGCUGA